UCCAGGUGCGUAUAGAGUGGGCAUGAGCUUCGGUGACCGUAUCGUAGCAGUGAACAAGCUGGCCGCGAAUUCCCUGGGAGAUGUACAGCAUGUACUAGACACUACACAGACUAUGACAGUCGAGUUCCUGGCGCAGCCGUGGUUUGUGAACUGCCGCUUGAGUAUAAAGAAAAACAGACAGUUAGAUGGCUUGGUACUGCACGGACGGACCGUCGAAAGUGUCACACGGGGGUCUGUUGCGGAUGCGUCGGGGGUUAUGAAAGGGUUUGCGUUGCUGAGUGUGGACGGUGAGAGUGUGCUGGGUGAGGAAAACUCACGGGUGGACUUCGUCAUGCGACAAUACUUAGCGUCCAAGCAACGGUAUCUCUCUCUGAUGUUCUGUAAGGAGAGUGAGUGGGUUACACUCAAGAAUGGGAUUGAGCUGAUACUCAAGGCAGCCCACUACAAGAACACCAGUGUGGCCAAAUACGUAAGUAAUUCGUUAUGUAUGGACCGGUCCCUUAAGGAUCCGGAAUUGGUGCAGCGAGUAGAUCUGGGAGAGCCACACGAAGGACGACACACAGGAAGACAUAAUAGGUCUAGGUCCCGACUGUUUCGGCAUAGAUAAGAUAUUAAAC